AUGUCCACUGUGGUGUCGGACUGUUUCACAAUCGGCAGUAUAGUUGCGACGCGAACGUGUUACAAUGAAAAUAUCGAGGGAGAAGUUCUAGCUUUUGAUCCUCAAACUAAGAUGCUUAUACUCAAAUGUCCGUCUUCGAGCGGUAAUCCUAAGCGCCAUGACGUAAAUAUUGUGAAUCUAUCGUUGGUUAGUGAUGUCCAAAUCAAGAAAGAAGUGACCACGGCGCCUGAACCUCCACAAUCUCUCAACUUGCACAGAUUAAACACACGAGUUCGCAAUUCAAUAGAGAAUAAGAGAAGAUUAGUGUCAGCAUUAUCAGCAUGUUUGGAUCCAGAGGGGCAGCGACUGUUCAUGGCGAUUGCACGAGUCAUUGACGAUGUGUCCUGGGCUGGACAGAACAUCAGGGUCUACAAUGAAGUUAUAAUUACACCUCCUUACAAGUCAACUGAUGGUAGCGUGGACUGUCCAGGCGAUACGCACUUAGGUAUCGUCAUGAGCUAA